AUGCAAGCAAAUGAAGCUAGGAUUUCGGAAUUAGCUAACAACCUCGGUCGUCAAGUAGAUGAUGAAUAUAUCGAAUUUGAUGAUUGCAAGAUUAACCUGGAAGAGCUUGCUUAUUCGAUAUGGACAGAGGAUAACAUUCAAAAACCAAUUACAAAGCAAAUAUUUGAUCUAAGAACAUUUGAAACUCACUUUUGCCCUCUUCUUUUAUCUGAAUCACCAGAUUUAUCAUUCAUCGCAUUGAAAGCACUUGCUUCAUGUACAUAUCCAUACCCUGCGAAUGCAAACGAUAUAGAAAUACUCAAUAAUAUCUAUCAACACUACAAAAGAGUUUUGACUUUUAAGAAAGAUGUUUUACUUACUGCAUUGGAAUUUGUUCAUAGUAUUAUUAUAGAUCCUCAUGCUUCUCAGGAAGAUUUUCAGAAAGCUGAAGUCGGGUUUACAUUCAUUCGCAACGUUUUAGUUAUUCCAUCUCCUUCAGAUGUUAGCGAGAGUCUGUUUCACAUCCUUAAUGAAGGUGGUCUAUAUGAGAUCAUUGAAGUAUUAAAGAUCAAAUCAUUUGGUUCCAGAAUUAAAAAAUUUGCACAAAUUCUUGCUGGAAUUUUGUAUGGAAGCUUCGUUCCAUUUCUUCCAUUAACAACUACUGAAGAAGAACCAAAGCAAGAAGUUGUUCCUAAUUCUCCAAAGAAACCAAGUCCACUAGAUGCGCUUGCUUCCCAACUCAAGAGUCAAAAGCUAAACAAACCAUCAAGACAUGGCCAUUGGGGUGGAUCCUUAUUGGUUAAAUCAUCUACAAAAGGGUUUGUAUAUAAUGGUCCGAUUACAUCAGAAGUUAUAGAUAAAGGCGUUGAUCCAACAUCAAUUAUUAAACCUCAUUCAAGGCGUAAUAUUAUAGAAUCGCGUGAAAUUCCACCACAAUUCACUCCAGAAGUCCAAGAAGCAGCUAGAAGAUUAAUUGGAACAGAUUCAUUCAAAUAUGUAUUCUCACGCGUUCUCCCAAGAAGCUUUUCUGCAUACGAUGCAACAAUUUCAAUUACAGAGCAAAUACAAAUGGUUGAUCUCACAAGGUUCUAUCUUGAGUUCAUUCUUAAAUAUGGAGGUCAAUUUUCUGUUCGACCAUUAGUCAGUGAAGAAAAUAUCAAAUACUUCCUAACAAUGGCUAACUUUUACAUGGACGCAAGAGUUGCAAAUCUUGAUGCCACUCCUCUCAACAAAGCUCUUAACAAGGUAUGCCUUCUCUUUGGCUAUGCAGCAAAAUUCUUAGUUGAUGUUAUUAUGAAGUCAUUAGAUGGAGAAGAAAUCAAAGCUGCUAAAUCUAUUGUUACUGAAAGUGCAACAGACAUUGAAGACUUUUUAAUUACAGUUUUGUCAAAGAAACUCAAAUCAAACUCUCCAGUUUACAUGCUACAAGAUGCUAUUAUCUCUUUGGAGAGACUUCUCCAACUUUACAAGGUUGCAGAAACAGAGAAAAUGGUUAGAAAGAGAACAUACGGGGAUUCAACUUCAACAGCUGAUGAGUUUGAUGAAAUCUUUGUGGAUUAUGAAGCAUUUGAUGCUGAAGCCAUUAUUAAGAGACUGACCAGAAGAACAAAUGUACUCGAUCCAUAUUUCACUUGUAUUGAAAAUUGGCGUAAAUGCAAUCAAGAAGAACUUGGAUCAAUUGCAAAAAUGCUGAAAAGAUUUGUUUUUAAGAGGAGUGGUCUCUCGCAUCUCUUUAAACUCACAUACUUCAUUAUCAUCAACAAAGUCCUCACAGACAAAGAUUUCCAGAAAUCUGAAGAACCAGAGAUUAUCGAACUUCGUGAAGUUAUGCAUAGCAUUAUCAAUAAAUUCUUAUACAAUGUUAAGCGUCAGAAAUCAACCCUUUUAUUGAUUUUAGUUGGUCCUGAUAGCGAUGAAUUGUUCGAUGAAGUUGAUGAUAUGGCUUUAGAUGAUGAUGAAAUGUUUGACGCUCUUGGUGUUUCUCAGGAAGUCAGAGAUAUCAUGAGAGAUGUUCCUUCACAGCCAAAGAUAAGGAAACUUAGAAAGGUUCAUGAAUCUGGAUAUUCAAGUGAAGCAGAAGAUGACAAGCAAAACUUGAAUGAUGAAGAUGACGAUGAUGAUAAGGAUUUAGAAUCUUCGAAUGAUGAAGCUGACGUCCGAACAUCCAUGGAAACAUUGAAGAGGGAAAUUCUUGAAAGCAAAGCUCAGAACUCUCAAAGCUCUCAGAGUUCUCAAGUCUUAAGAAAACUUACAUCUCAAAAAGCCGAUAGUGAAGAUAGUGAUGAUGAUCAUUUAUCUGAUGAAGAUACAAAAUUAUCUGAUGAAUUGGAAUGA